UAAAAUUUUUUACAUUGCAUGUUCAUACGUCGUUUUUAAAAUCUCUAUUCAUUGAGUUCUAUUCAUCCGAACAAUUUUUCUCUCGACAGGAACUGCAAGAAGAAAAUGGCCUCUGGUUUUAGCUCGGUCGAUUUGCCUCCAGGUUUUCGAUUUCAUCCAACAGAUGAAGAGCUCAUAACUCAUUAUCUAUCUCCAAAAGUACUUGAUAGCAGCUUCUGCGCCACGGCCAUUGGAGAAGUGGACUUGAAUAAGAUUGAACCCUGGGAUUUGCCCUGGAAGGCGAAAAUGGGUGAAAAAGAAUGGUAUUUCUUCUGCAUAAGAGAUAGGAAGUACCCAACUGGAUUGAGGACAAACAGAGCCACUGAUUCCGGUUAUUGGAAGGCAACAGGCAAAGAUAAAGAGAUUUUCAGGAUGAAAAUCCUAGUCGGGAUGAAGAAAACUCUGGUUUUUUACAAAGGAAGAGCUCCCAGAGGAGAAAAGACUAAUUGGGUCAUGCACGAAUACAGAUUAGAAGGCAAUAAUUCUAUCCCCACAAGUGCCAAGGAUGAAUGGGUGAUCUGCAGAGUUUUUAAGAAGAGUUCAGGAGGUAAGAAGGUAAACAUGUUAGAACUAAUCAGAAACAAAAGUUGUGGGGAAAAUUCGGAGUCCUCAGAUUUGCCUCCAUUAAUGGAUUUAUCAUCAGAUGAUAAUCAGAGAGGAUAUACAGUUGCAGAGGAUUCACCCGUGCCCUGCUUCUCCAAUCAACUGGAGGAUCCGAAACCUCAAAACGAUAUGAUUUAUGAAUUCAGUAACGAAAAUCUACCCUAUCCGGAUUCUGAUUUAAUGAUGCAAGAUCACUCCAUACUGAGGUUUGUGCUCGAGGGAAACGGGGCAAACAUAAAGCAAAAUGCCAAACCCGAAUUUUUACACGAUACGGGUAUGGGUUACGAGGAUCUUGUUUCUGCUGGCCCAGUAGACCUUGAUUGCCUCUGGAAUUAUUCAUUUUGAAGAUUAUGAACUCCAAGAAAAAGUUAGAAGCAGCUGCAGAUUGGAAUAAUGUUUACAUGAAGAAUGUUAGUGUGUGUAGGUUCCCGAACUUGAAUGUGUGGAAAAUUUUAUUUAAAAUUCCUGUACUUAAUUAUUGAAAUAUAAGUACUUAAAUUUCAUUA